CCACAGAGUUGCUAAACCAACUCGAUCGCUAACGAUAACCCGACGAUGCGCAUUUGCGUGAUCUAUAGCGCUCGAUGCCCAGAAUGUGGCGUGGGAGCGGAGGCAGGCUUGCGUUUCCGGGAGUACUGUGAUAAUAGAUCGGAGAAAAGACGAAGGGAAAGGCGAUUCUGCGACAAUGUUCGUACGAAAUUUGAGCGCGUCAGAGGGCACAGAUGUAGGCAAUUUCGAUAAGCCAAAGACGACUGUAGACGAGCG